AUGCCGCAGCCAGGACACACAACAAGUCCAUCUCAGGCUGCGCAGACCUAUCUUCCAGUCAUCAUAAAAUGGGGUGCUAUCACGACGCUCAUUCUCAGCAUCUUGCUGUUCAGCUCCCUUCUCACCAGGAUCAUACCUGAAAUGCCGCCUGUUCUGUUUGAUAUCGUCCGUCGCAACUUCGACCCUGGCGAGCCGUCAAGCGAGUUCUGGGCGCAAUGGAAAAACCCUGGAGAUGUCUUCUCGGUCCUGCUGAUCCUUGGUGGUGAUGUUGUUGGUCGUGCUUUGGCUCAGCUGGCAGGCUCCCGUCUGACCCCAGUUGCUUUCUCUUUCGGAUGGGUCGCGUUUGCCGUCACUGCCGUUGUAUCCGCCGUUGGCGAGAACAAGCUCAUGCCCCUCCCUGACUGCGCCUGCAAAGUAAUCAACGGGGAAUCUGGCUACGUUCGGGAGAACACCUCAUGGAUCAUCGGACGAAUUGUCAGAGACUUCGAUCACUGGAAGGAUCCAGCUGCUACCUCAAAGGUGAAAGAGCUGGUUGAGAAGAAGUUCGAGUUCGAGAAAGCCCAGGCGCUGCAAGACACAGGCUCUUCUGCAUCAGUGGAGAAAUCUACCCAAGCUGGGCUUUGCGUAUCCAUCUACGAGGCCGAACCUGCUCGUAGAGGCUAUCCCGGCUAUGACUCUCUGUACUGGGUAGGUUUUCUCACCACUAUCGUUCAAUUGGGCAUCGCCGCCAUUCCAGCAGGCAUCUUCGGAGAUUGGGGGAUCUUCCUGAUCACAAUUGCUGGUAUUUUAUUAUCUGUGGUGACGGGUACUCUUCCACAGUGGGCCAAGGAGAAAUGGGCCUGCAGAAGCAAGUCUAAGAAGAUCGUGAUCCUGACCAGAGGCAAUGGCAGCCAGCACGCUGUUGUCAUUCUGGGCAAUGGGAACGGGCUUGACCUUGAGGAUCUUGCGGCCGGUCAGACGAACGUUGACGUUUCGGCUUCUUGGUUUACACGAGUUACACUGAUCGCGCUUGCCUUGCUCUGGAUCCUCCUUUUGAUCACGGCCGCUGGCAUCCAGCAGAACACUUGGUUCUUGCUUGCCAUUGGCGGCGUGGGCAUCCUUCAGAACAUCUUCGUCGCUGGAUGGAGACGCGACCCGAAAGCCUUUGGUGUCCCACUCAAAUUUCUCAAGGUCAUUGGUGAGAAUAAGGUGAUGGAGGCUCUUUAUAAAGUCGAAGAAGAGUAUCACCAUGUUGGCGCCAGCCUGAUCGACACGUUCUUCCCUGGCAAACUCAGAUCCGACGAGAAGACGAAGUGGGAGGACUACGAGAAAAUUGCUAAACAGAAGGAUGACGCGGCGAAGAAGGCGGCACGGGCAUCCAAGCAGCAGAACGGCGGAAGUCAGAACACCACAGGGAACAGUGCGCAGGGAGCUACGACACAGACUCAACCAGCUGCCCACAAUGCACAAACUAUAUCCUCGGGCACCACCUGA